AUGGGUUUAUGGAGCUCAUGCUGCUGCGGAGGUCGGAACCGCGAUGGCCUCUACGAGCCCGUUCUGGCUGACAGCGAACGGGAAGCUGUAGCUGACCUGCUGCAAUACCUCGAAAAUCGCGGCGAAACUGACUUCUUUUCUGGCGAACCGCUCCGAGCUCUCAGCACCCUUGUCUUCUCAGAGAACAUAGACCUUCAGCGCAGCGCGAGUUUGACCUUUGCCGAAAUCACUGAGAGAGAUGUUCGAGAGGUAGACCGUGAUACGUUGGAACCGAUCCUCUUCCUAUUGCAGAGCGCAGACAUUGAAGUGCAAAGAGCAGCAAGCGCUGCUUUGGGAAACUUGGCUGUCAAUAACGAGAACAAGGUGUUGAUUGUUCAGCUUGGCGGCUUGACGCCUUUGAUCCGCCAGAUGCUCUCGCCCAACGUCGAAGUGCAGUGCAAUGCAGUUGGAUGCAUCACCAACCUCGCCACGCAUGAGGAGAACAAGGCGAAGAUUGCUCGGUCCGGCGCUCUUGGACCGUUGACCCGCCUAGCCAAGUCGAGGGAUAUGCGAGUGCAGCGCAACGCAACUGGAGCGCUGCUGAACAUGACACACUCUGACGAGAAUCGCCAGCAGCUCGUGAACGCUGGUGCCAUCCCUGUCCUCGUCCAGCUCCUUUCCUCGCCCGAUGUCGAUGUUCAAUACUAUUGCACCACAGCUCUCAGCAACAUUGCCGUCGACGCAAAUAAUCGCCGCAAACUAGCGAGCUCCGAGACGAAGCUAGUUCAGUCCCUGGUGAACUUGAUGGACUCGUCGUCACCCAAAGUUCAGUGCCAAGCUGCGCUGGCUCUCCGAAAUUUGGCGUCGGAUGAGAAGUAUCAGCUCGAUAUCGUUCGCGCAAACGGCCUAGGCCCUCUCUUGCGUCUCCUCCAGUCGUCAUACUUGCCGUUGAUACUGUCCGCCGUUGCCUGCAUACGCAACAUCUCGAUACAUCCAAUGAACGAGUCUCCCAUCAUCGAGGCAAAUUUCUUGAAGCCCCUGGUGGAUUUGCUCGGGUCUACGGACAAUGAGGAGAUCCAAUGCCAUGCCAUCUCGACCCUUAGGAACUUGGCGGCAAGCUCAGACCGCAACAAGGCUUUAGUUCUUGAUGCUGGCGCUGUUCAGAAGUGCAAGCAGUUGGUGCUGGAUGUGCCAGUGACCGUCCAGUCCGAGAUGACGGCGGCGAUUGCAGUGCUGGCCCUGAGCGACGACCUCAAAUCGCAUUUGCUCAAUCUUGGCGUGUGCGAUGUGCUUAUUCCGUUGACGCACUCGGACAGCAUCGAGGUGCAAGGCAACAGCGCCGCUGCAUUGGGCAACCUGUCCUCGAAAGGUAAGCUUCGCUCGGUUAUGUUGGCAUUGUCACAAGAUUCUAAUCAUUUUGCAGUUGGCGACUAUUCAAUAUUCGUGCAAAAUUGGGACCAGCCACAGGAGGGCAUCCACGGCUAUCUUGGACGAUUUCUGCAGUCAGGUGAUGCGACCUUCCAACACAUUGCAGCCUGGACACUCCUGCAGCUCUUUGAGUCGGAGGAUAAGACUCUAAUCAGUCUCAUCGGCAAAGCCGAAGAUGUUAUUGAACAUAUCCGCAGCAUCGCAAACCGCCAUGUCGAGACUGGGCCCGAGGCUGAAGAGGAGGAUGAGGGUGAAGUUGCCAGCUUGGCGCAGCGCUGCCUUGAGCUAUUGGGGCAGACUGGCAACAAGACACACAUUGAGGGCUGA